GCCCUUUCGCCUUUAUCAUUUCCUUUUCGGCCCCUCUUGUCGUCCCCUACCUCACCCUCCCUCUCGCUCCUCUUUCUCCGCCCAAUGGCUUCGGCAAACCCUAACCCGUCUUCCUCUUCUCCUUCUCCGCCGACCUCCCCCCGGAAGCGGCAUCGAUCUCCGUCCUGGAGCCUCAGCCCUCGGAGCCACCACAACCACGAUGGAGACGACCGCGACGGCGGCAAGCGGCGGCGGACCGACCUCACCGUCGAUGUCUGCAAGGACUUCAUUCGCCACGUCUGCCGGCGAUCCCAGAUCGACUGCAAGUUCGCUCACCCCCACUCCACCGUCUCCGUCGAGCGGGAUAAGGUGACGGCGUGCGCAGAUUCGCUUCGGAAUCAUUGCUUCCGCGGGAGGACUUGCCGCUAUUAUCAUCCUCCUCCUCACAUCCAAGAGUGGCUCCUGAAAGCAAUUGGUGUACAAGAUCCUAAAGUGGAGACGGUUUGUAGGGAUUUCAUGCGGGGUCGAUGCUUAAGAUCUGCAAAGGAAUGCCGCUUUGCUCACCAUAUGUCAAUCGACCAAUGUGCUAUAGUUUGCCAAGAUUUUGUACGUGGAAAGUGUGAACGCAAAUCUUGUAGGUACUCUCAUGUUCAAGCUCAUGCGACGGCUCAGGUACAUGUGCAACAACAUGGAGCUGCUAUGAAGCCUUCUAGUUCUCCUUCUCGAACUGGAAAUGAUCAGGAAAUUCUACCUGUUUGCAAGGACUUCCUGAAGAAAAUGUGUAACCGAGAUUUAUGUAAAUAUGCCCACCCUGAUUCUCAAACCAAGGUGAUUGACAACCAAGUUGAAGUCUGUCGUGAUUUUCGGCGUGGAAUUUGCCAUCGAAAUAUCUGUCGUUUCUAUCAUCCAGCAGCUGCAAAACAGAGCAGACUGGUCCAUAGCUGAUGCAUAUACUUUGUCAGUGUGUUUUGGUGGAUUGGGUUUAGGAUGCCUUGAUUCCUGAGAGCCUUGCAGUCUUAGGAAGAUUGGGAUGGUUGGAUUAGUGGGUCUUGUCAACUUUUGUGAUCUAUGCCUGGAUGAUUGAUAUGCGAUAAAGAUGGUUUAUCAAAUUUUUCCCUUGACCAACAGCUGUGGCUUGUGGGUGCCUCUCUAGGCUGUUAUUUGUUGUUCAGCAGACCAGGCUUGUGGGUUUUUUCCUGUGCCUUUAGAAUUCCAUUUCUGUUUUGUGUGAUCUUUUAGAUUUUGUUUUUGUUCAUAAUUGAUACAUAUAAUUGCGUUUUGUACUUCACAUUUUUCAUCUUGUUGCAUGAAUAGUGUACAACUUUGACUGCAAUAAGGUGGUGCUCCCCAGGUCCUAACAAAAAAAAAAAAAAAAAAGUGAUGAGAUGGAGAUGUCGUAUACUGGUGUGCACUAGGGUGUGCUGUAAGAAGAGAGACUUGGAUAUGUUGGAAGGGUCAGACUAGAUGAUGGGUAGAACUAUGAAAAGGUAGAUGGAAGUUGUAUGGAAAGAUGUGUUAUGCUUGUAUUAGGAGGCACAUUUGAUGAA